AUAUUCUUCAGCUGCGGGGUACAUCAGAGAGUGUACAUAAUACUCUUGUUUCCCUUCUCUCUCUUUAGUUAGUGAUGGAUUGAGCUGUGAGGAGGAGUUUAGGGGAAGCAAAGCAAUUGGAUGAAGUCCUGUCCAGUGAAUCCGAAGAAGAGACUCCUACAGUUCAGAGAGAAACACGGCCCAGUGGUAACUCGGACCCAAGAGAAAGACACCGAAACGCACAGGUGCUGACCAAUGCAUGCCUGUGCGCCUUUCGAUGCGACAAGAACCGAAACUGCGAAAGGGACGGCUCCUUCAUAAGGGAGCGUUAGUCUUCGCCUACCUUCCUGUGUAAGAGGACAAGAAGAGAGGGCCACUUUCUCCUUCCCGCAAGCAGCCAUGGCGACACCAAAGUCCAGGAGACGAGCCAGCACGCUAGCAUGGUCACGGCAGGUCUUCUUUAUCUUCUUGACCAGCGUCUCGAUGAGAGGGCUAUGCACACCAGCACCGCAACUUACAGGUUACAUCAACCUUGUACCAGACUUGGAAGUGUGGACCACCCUUGAAAACAAAGGCCGCAACCUGACCUGUUUUCAUUCAUCUUCGGUUACCCUGAACGGAACUCAAUAUCCGAUCGAGAUUACAUUGAUACGGUGGCAUGUCAACGGCACCACUCUGCUGCCAGUAGUUGGACAAGAAUACUACGUACACGGCGAUAGCGUGUCCGACAGCGGACGAUACACGUGUACAGUCAGCUACAAGCUGACUAUUCAGGAUGGAUGGGCAUUGAGCACAUCCGCACAUUUCCACGUCGAUCUUAUCAUCGUCAGCUCGGCGGACGAGUUCAAUCAAGUCCUGCGUCCCAUGUUCAGCAAUGCCCAGCUCCAGCCUCCACACGGACAUCUCAUGGCCAAGUCUGAUGUUCAACUUCUCCAGGCACAGUCCAAGACAUUUGACUGCUCCGCUUCGGCAAGAACCGUGGACCGGAAUAAGACCAUGUUUCGCAUAUCCUACAAGGUUUACCACGACGGAACCUUAUUCUCUACCAGUCCGAAAGUCCUUCUAAACCCACCGAAGUCCCAAACGAUUCGAGAUUCUGGUGGCCAAGCUACUCGUCUUCUGUCGGACACAGCUGCUGAGGCAUCUUCUUCCUCAACAUUUGUUACGCGCGAUGGCAGCUCCUCAGCAGAGUAUCUGGGCUCCCUGCCCCAACCAUAUGUGGCGGUGGGUUGA